AUGGCCUCCGAUCCUCAAGCUUCCCAACUACUUAGACAGAGAGAGGCAAUCGAUGCAUCCAAUAGCUCAAUACUCCCAAGGAAAAUGGCCCUGGGCAAACUUUACUCUAUCAGCGAUCUCCAUAUCGGCUUCACGGACAACAAAAUAGCGUGGUCAAAUCUGACACCUCAUCCAGGAGAUGGACUCAUUCUGUGCGGAGACGUUGGAGAUACCGCUGAGCAGUUACGAGCAGCAUUCUCUAGAGCGACAGAAUGCUUCGAUACCGUAUGGUGGUGCCCGGGCAAUCACGAGUUAUACACGAUGCCCGAUCAAUCCGGCGCCGGAGUUCGAGGAGAGCAGAAAUAUCAAGAAUGCAUUGCUAUAGCGCGAGAAUACAAUGUUCUUAAUCCUGAAGACGAUUUUGUUGUUUGGGAAGGAGAAGGUGGCCCAGCCGUUAUUGCUCCAAUUUUUACACUGUACGAUUAUUCCUUCAGACCUGACCAUGUGAGCUUGGAGGGUGCUGUCCCUUGGGCAAGGGAGAAGAACACGGAAGCUACAGAUGAGUUUUUGCUUCAUCCGGAUCCACAUCCUAGUCGGCAAGAUUGGUGCAAAGUGCUCAUUGAGAAAUUUGAGACCAAGUUGGAGGCUGCGAGAGCACAAUUCCCCUCGUUGCCUCUUGUUAUUGCAAACCAUUGGCCAUUACGGGAAGACUUGGUGACACUCAAAUUUAUCCCGAGGUUUAGCUUAUGGUGUGGUACCAAAUUGACAGAUGAUUGGCAUCGGAAAUUCAAUGUCAAGGUGGUAGUUAGUGGCCAUCUUCAUAUUCGGAGAACCGAUUGGAGGGAUGGGUGUCGAUUCGAGGAAGUCAGUCUUGGAUAUCCACGGCAAUGGAAGAAAUGUGCUGACAUGGGCAUGGGGGUGGAUGAGCUUCUGAGAGAGAUUUUACCAGGUCCAGAAAUUCCCAAAACUGGGGAGGUUCCGACUCAAUGGAGAAUCUACGGAUAG